AUGGCCGCAGGGCUGCGCUGUCUCCAGCGCCGCGCCUCCAAGCUCCAGCCGUCCAGACCGCUUAGCGCGCGCUGCCCGCCGCUGAUAUUGCGCGAGGCGGCGUGGGGUGGGAAGCGGCCAGCAUGUGCUCUGAGGCACUCCUCGCGCCCGCCCGGCCGCCUGCGCUCGCUGCUCAUUACGCGCAGAAUCACGGAGGCGCUGUCUUUCCUACACUACUCGGGACACGUGCUGCACCGCAACGUCUGCCCCUCCAGCAUCCUCGUCACCAAGAAGGGCACCUGGAAGCUGGGCGGCCUCGAGUUCACCGGUGAGUACCGCUCACUUGUCUUCUGCCCCGACGCCGCCUCUCGGCGGCAGGUGACGGGUCGUCUCGACUUCAGCACAGAGGACGCUGCACGCGGCGGCGGCCGCCGCCACAGGUCGCGGGCCCGAGCAGCAGGUGUCGACCCCAGGUAUCGAUCGGCCGCCCUCGCCCUCGCCUCGCCCGCUCCGCCGCGGCACUCUGCUAUAUUUAGUAAGCGAGCUGCGCCAGGGCCACCCUGCCCAGGCGGCCUGCAGGCCGGGCCGCGCCGCGCCAAGCGCCCAACUCUUGGCAGCGGCCGAGGGCGCGGGCGCUGCUCCACCCUCCCACUGUCAGCCAGCGGGACAUUACACUCAAGAGCUGGAACAUUACCACCACCGCCCACCGCGGGCACGCGAACUAAUCGCGUGAACGACAUGGACGGCCUGGAGUCGGUGCCGUGUCAGCCGUGGUCGAGCCGCCUGCCCAAGAUGGCGCAGCCAGACCUCGACUACAUCGCGCCCGAGGUGCAGACGACGUCGUCGUGCAGCAUCCUGAGCGACAUGUUCUCGCUUGGCAUGGUCAUCUGCUCCAUCUUCAACCAGGGCCGGCCGCUCAUACAGGCCAACCACAGCGCGUCCACCUAUCUCAAGCAGCUAGAAGUGCUGGAGGAGCAGGUGCACAACGUGCUGCCGCGGGUGCCGGUGCCGCUGCAGGAGGCGGUGGUGCGCCUGCUGAGCCGCGACACGCGCCAGCGGCCCACCGCCCAGCUGCUGUCCCUCAUCAAGUACUUCAGCACCGACCCCUCGGUGCACGCGCUUCAGUUCCUGGACGUGAUCAACAUGAAGGACCCCACCCAGAAGUCGCACUUCUACCGCAACACGCUCAAGGACGUGCUGCCCUACGUGCCCAGGAAACUGUGGUUCCAGCACGUGUGGCCGAGCCUGCAGCAGGAGAUGAAGACGCAGGAGGUGCUGGCCGCCGUGCUGCAGCCCAUCAUCUUCCUGGUCCAGGAGUGCACCAUCGAGGAGUACGAGUCCAUCAUCCUGCCCGCCUUCAGGAGUGUCUUCUCGAUCCCGAAGUCGAUCCAGGCGACGGUGACUCUGCUGGAGAACCUGCACGUCAUCCUGGAGAAGACGCCGCGGGACGACAUCCGCAGCGAGGUGCUGCCCAUGCUCUACAACGCCUUCGAGAGCACCACCAUACAAGUGCAGAGCGCGGCGCUGGUGGCGGUGACGAACGUGUCCGAGUACCUGGACGAGACGGCGGUGCGGCGCAUGGUGCUGCCCAAGACCAAGGCCGUCUACGAGAAGAACACGGCCGACCUCAAGCUCGUGAUGAACGUGCUCAGCUGCAUCGAGAAGACGCUGGACAAGCUGGACAAGUCGCAGAUCAUCGACGAGGUGCUGCCGCUGCUCUGGGACGUCCGCCUCGCCGACCCCGAGAUCACCAUCCGCGUCGUCAACAUCUACCGGCUGAUGCUGAGCGACAAGAAGUACGGCCUGUCGGUGAACCUGAUGGCGACCCGCGUGAUGCCGUCGCUGCUGCCGCAGACGGUCAACCCGAGCCUCAACCUCGACCAGUUCACCAACCUCCUCGAGGUACUGCAGGAGAUGCUCGACCACAUCGACAGGAACCAGCGCAACAAACUGAAGUUGGAUAACCUGACACUGCCAAGCCCAGAGCGCCACCGCCCACUGCGCCACCAGUACAGCUCAGAUAACAUGCACGUGCCACCCUUCAACAUCCCCAACCUGCGCAUCGAGCAGCGCAAGACCUCCAGUGCCGAGGACAUGGCACGCAAGAACUCAGCUGACUCAGGUGUGCUAGGUGGCUGGUGGUUUGGUGCAUCACCAUCGUCACCAGACAGCAACUUCCUGCGCGUACAUAAUGCCUUCCCCAACCGGCGGCUGUCGGACAAUGCACUCAUGAUGCCACCCAAGAUCCGCGUGGCACCUAGCUGCGCCUCGUCGCCUGGUGGCACGCCUGGCGGUGGCCUGCCCGUGCGCCGGCAUUCCAGCAUUGGCCCACAGGAGCGGCGUGGGUCUGCUGUCAACCUGUCGCCACCAACGGGAUCAGGUCUCCACUACAGUUCAGUGUCCAGGGAAGGUUCCAGUCUGUCUGUGCCAUCGACGUAUCUUGCACGGAGCAUGAUCGGGGGAAGCAUGCCAAACACAAGCAGCAGUGUUCCAUUCUUGCUGAGUUCCAGUAUGAGCAGCAUACGCUCACGGCGACCAUCCGCAUGCUUGUCCAGCUCUCAAGGAUCAGGACUACUGCAGCAGCUUGGAUCAGGCAUGUAUCAGCUAUUUUCUGGAAGAUCAUAGACAGAUCAGUGAUUAUGCGAAGACUAUGCAAACCAAAAUAUUUCUUGCAAUAAAG